UUCUCAGUUUCGUCGCGACGCCGGUGCAAGUUGUGUUAUGAGGCGCCUCGUUGUCCGCUCUUUUCCAGACACGCCGUGAGCGAUGGGGGACGGCCACAACCUAUCGCUGAUCAGGUGCACCGAUGGGUUGGCGCUCCCUUGCUGGCAGCCCCUGGAAAAUGUCCCCCUCAUCGACAAGAUCGGACGUGGAUUAUUCUAUUUCCUAUUUUUGGCCUUCCUCUUCAUCGGCGUUUCCAUUGUUUCCGAUCGCUUCAUGGCAGCUAUCGAAGUGAUCACGUCGCAGGAGCGCGAGGUCUCCGUCCGGAAAACCAGCGGCGACAAGCAGAUUGUUGUUGUCCGCGUCUGGAACGAGACGGUCGCCAAUUUAACUCUGAUGGCGUUGGGAUCCAGCGCCCCCGAGAUCCUCCUCUCCGUGAUAGAGAUCUAUGCCAGAGGCUUCACUGCUGGGGAGUUGGGCCCUGGCACGAUUGUGGGCUCUGCCGCUUACAACCUCUUCGUUAUUAUCGCCAUUUGCGUGUGGGUCAUUCCGGAUGGCGAAGUUCGCAAGAUCAAGCACUUGGGGGUGUUCUUCGUCACCGCCACCUGGUCAGUUUUCGCUUACGUGUGGAUGUACUUAAUCCUCUGCGUUUUCUCGCCUGGCCGCGUCGAGAUCUGGGAGGGCCUGGUCACCUUUUCCUUCUUCCCAUGCACGGUCAUCACCGCCUAUGCAGCCGACCGGAAUAUCCACAGGUACAUCCGCAAAGACUUCCGAAUGAACAAAAGGGGCGUGAUCGUGCAAGCGGAGGGCGGCGACAACCUGGAGAUGGUCAACACGGAGCUUCUCGUUCUGGAUGACGUUCACGAGGACAUCAAGCAGGAGUACAUCAGCACCCUCAAGGAUCUGAGGCAUCAGCACCCUCAAACGGACAUUGACGUGCUGGAGAAAAUGGCCCACGAAAUCCUGCUGAACAAGGGCCCCAAAUCCAGAGCCUUCUACCGGAUCCAGGCCACGCGCAAGCUGAUGGGCAGCGGAGACUUGAUGCGGAGGAUCUCGGAAAGAGCCCAGAGCGACCUCAGCGAAGUGAAGGCCGAGCUGCAGCGCGAAAGCGGAGUGAGCGAGUUCACCCAGAGCGGCUCCAGAGUGUUCUUCGAACCCUCCAAAUACACAGUUCUGGAAAGUUGUGGCCAGUUCGAGGUGAGAGUGGUUCGCACUGGAAACAUUGACGCUCCUCUAUCAGUCGAGUACACCACUGAGGAUGGCACCGCUCAAGCUGGCAGCGACUAUGUGAAGGCCAAGGGCCUCAUCCAGUUCAAUUCAGGGGAGAAGGAGAAGCGGAUCACUCUGGAAGUGAUCGACGAUGACGUGUUCGAGCCGGACGAACAUUUCUAUGUUCGAUUGUGUUCGACGCAGCCUUCGGGCAGCUUGGGGGCACCAGUUCUGGCCACCGUGAUUAUUCUGGACGACGAUCACGGUGGCUUGUUCAAGUUCGAGGCUCAGAACCACGAAUUGGUGGAAAGUGUGGGGACGUACGAGUUGAAGGUGGUUCGGUGCUCGGGGGCGAGAGGACGAGUCAUUCUGCCCUACUUUACCGAAGAUGGAACCGCGAAGAAUGGAAAAGAGUUUGAGGGAAUGCAAGGGGAACUCGUCUUCGAGAAUAAUGAAUCUGAACAAGUGAUUUCAUUGACCAUCAUCGAAGAGGACAGUUACGAGAAAGACGUGCUCUUCUACGUGCAGCUGGGCGAGCCUCAGAUGUCCGGUGACGAGGUAGCCAGCCUGGCGGCUGAGGCAGAGAAAAAGCGUCCCGAAGAUAGAACAGAACGGGAAAGAAUCGCAAUUAUGGGCAAGCCAAGACUAGGAGAAAUUACCAGGGCACAAAUUAGGAUAAAAGAGAGCAAAGAGUUCAAGAACACCGUAGAUAAGUUAGUUCAACGGGCCAACGCUUCGCUGCUGAUAGGAACCUCAUCGUGGAAGGAGCAGUUUGUUGAGGCGCUCACUGUAACCGCGAGCAACGAGGAUGAACAGAAAGCUCCUUCGAAACUAGACUACUUCAUGCACUUUCUCACCGUUUUUUGGAAAGUUCUGUUCGCUUUUGUUCCCCCCACAGAUAUCUGCAAAGGCUACCUCUGCUUCGUGGUGUCAAUUUUUUGCAUAGGAAUCGUAACUGCCAUUAUAGGAGAUGUUGCAUCCCACUUCGGAGCCACUUUAGGCAUCAAAGAUGGGGUUACUGCAAUCGUUUUUGUUGCCCUCGGAACCAGUAUUCCAGAUACAUUUGCCAGUAAAGUGGCAGCAAUACACGAUAAACAUGCAGACGCAAGUGUUGGGAAUGUUACAGGAAGCAACGCGGUUAAUGUUUUUCUGGGCAUUGGAGUCGCCUGGUCCAUUGCAGCCAUUUAUCAUGGAAUUCAUGGAAAUGACUUUAACGUGGACCCGGGAAGUUUGGCAUUUUCCGUUACGAUAUUCUGCUCCGAAGCAGUGGUAGCCAUCCUGAUUUUGUUCAUCAGAAGAUCCAAAGCGGUUGGAGGCGAACUGGGCGGCCCAGUUUGCCUCAAGUACUUGACUUCUUCAGUUUUAUUCGCAUUAUGGAUUACUUACUUGGUAGUUUCCACUUUGGAAGCUUAUGGCGUUAUACAGGGAUUCUAAGGUGCAAUUAUUCGUUUUCCUAGGUAUUCUGCAUGUACAGAGGGGCGCUUUUAUGUGUGUAAAUUGCGGUUUGCUUAGAUGAAUCAAAUAGAUUUGUUGUGUCUUGCCUAAGGAAAAAUUAGUUCGUUUAUUCAAUUUAAUGCAGUAUUAAUUGUUUCAACCGCCGUUUCCGUGAUAUAAAAGCGGCCCGUUAAGGUGCAUGCAAUAAAGCAAAUCCAAAUGGAAACUUUUUAGAAAAAUGCCCAAAUUCCCAGCGUGGCAAAUUCACUAUAAAAUUCGUCGGCAAUGUUUCUUGUUGCACACUAAUAAAUGUUUUUCUAUUAGUGUUUGUUAUUCAGAUGUAUUUCAAGUGUGUUCACGUGCGAACAAUAUUCCCUCAAUAGUUAGUUAGCAGACGUACUUUUCCCUACAGUAUUUAACCAAGCGGACAGGCAAGAAAAUGCGAGAAACAUCGAAAUUUUUAUUUAAUUUGAGAAACAAUUUCCAAUGUACAUAACAAAUUCCUUCCAGUGGAGAAUCAAAAGUAGACUAAUACUAAUAUAAAUACUGGCUCCAGUCGAAACCAGUCCUGAGGGCGCCGGAAGUAAACUACAUGUUUUGGAGUGUUAUUUUCAGGCACAAUCUGAGGUUAGUGUGCAGAUGACACAUACAAAGUAUUUUUCUUAACUGUCCGUUUCAAGUCAGUUAGCAAAUAAAAUUCGUUAAUCACUCAAUACCGCUAAUAGUUUAGAUUAUACGUAAAUAGAUAAGCAAAUAAAGGACUUCCGUAGAUUUUUAUAAACAAAUUCGUACGUUUUACGUUCGUUUUUGGUUGCAUCGUUCAGACAAAUGGCAGAAUAUGUACAAAACAAUCGAACGAAUAUAUUUGAAAUGAUAUAGUAUUUUUGUCCGUGUAUCGAUGUUAAAGGAUGGCUUCGUAACAUAGUGAUAUAAUAAUGAUUGUAAAUUAUUGUUAGUUUAAUUAAUGGUUAAUGGUGAAUAUUUUAUUAAUGUUCAACACUGUAUUAUUAGGGCAAGACGAAAAUGCUUCCAAAAUAUGCCUAGAUUAGGUUGAGGUGUCACAUAGGGUCAAAGGAAAACAUCUUUUAACGAGCGAACUGUUAGAAAAUUAUUUAAAAACCUCAUUUGAGUUGAAGUAUGGACGGUGGUCGAUCAAUCAGAAUCGGAAAAUUCAAUGCCCAUAAAAAAUAGUAGGUUUUUAGCUUAGGAAUGUUUUCCCAUCGCUCAACUAAAACAUGUUUCUCCAGCGCCUUUAAUAUAAGAAUUCAUUGCGUCGUCUCGUUGUUAUCGUGUAUUUAUUGUUAUACGUGUUAUAAGAAUGACUUUUCCACUUCCAACUAUCUCCGUGUGGGUCAAAGUUUAUAUGGAUGUGUGUGGCAUAACUGUAAUAAACUAUCCUUCAAUGUGAAAAUUUAGGUCAGUUGAUUGCAACUUUAGGUAAUUUCUUCUGGAAUUCAACUUCUUUUUUCAUUGUCUUGUAUUGGCGGAAUUAAUUAUUGAAAGUGUAGUUAAAGUUUGUUACUAGAGUGUAAUGUUAGAAAAUAUAUACAAAUAGCUAUAAAAAUAUUUAAAAAACUGCAGCCAUGUGAAUAUUGGGAUAAUAAACAUUCGAUUUUGUGUUCCUGAUUCACGUUAAAAGUGUUAAUGUUGAUCACUCAUUUGAACUUGCAAAAUCCCUAAUAUUCAUGUACAACUACUUAUAAGCCUUUUCUGAACAUCCAUGUUAAACCUACAUACAUAUAGUGGAUACCUGGAAUUAAUUCUUCAGACUUUAGACUUUAGCUACUAACUUUGCUAGGGAUUAGAUUUUUAAAAAAAUGUAACGACCAUUUCUUCUGAAAACAAUUAGACCACAUUAUUGACCAAAUUGAAGAGCUGCUAGAGCUGAAUGCGAUCACGGCUUCUAGACUUAAAACUGUGGAAAACUUAGCAAAAAUCAAUUAGCGCGCUUUCGAACUGUUCGGAAUGCGGAAACAACUUUGUAAUUUUAUAUAAUCACAGGCAUAGAUAGAAAAUAGCCAUUAGAAGAGACUGAUAAUGAUUACUAACUAUCAAAAAUUCAGUUGAAACAAAAAAUACGUUAGCAGUACCUACUUAUAAAUAAUUUGGAGAAUGUUCCAGAGAGGCGAAUGUCUGAAUGUAGGGCCGAUUAAAAAACUAUUUAAAAUA